AUGAGCGCGCCUGAUUGUCAAAAUCGGCGGGUCGAGCCAGCAGACGCGCGGCCGUCGGGCCUGGCGGCGGCGCGCGGAGGCGCCGCGCCGAGCCAGCGGACGCGCGGCGGCCGGCCGUGCUGGGCCCUCUCCGCCGCGGCGGAGCAGAGCCCGCCGCCCUCUGCUCCUCCGGCAGCUUGGGCAGGUGGCCGUCCCGGCCCUCCUCUGCUCCGAUGGACGGGGAGCUCGGCUCCAUGUCCAACUGCCGCGCGCGCGGGGCGGAAGCGCGCCGCGCGGCGCACAGGCUGCGGCGGCGAGCGGCGGGCGGGGUGGAGGCCAGCCCAUGGCGGCGCGGGUUGCAGCGGAGCGGUGGCCCCGCCCCCGACGGUGGGCUCCCGCAUCCCUGCCCUUGUCGCCGAUGGCCGAGCUCCGCGCGCGGGGGCGGCCGCCCGUCCCUGUCCCUGCCCCGGCCGCGGCGCGUGCGCAACAUUGCCUCCGCUCCCUUUCUUCCACAGAAUGGCUGCCAGGCGAUUUCCCAUUUUGAGAAUGACGCUAACUGAAGCACAUGAUUCUGCAAGCAUCUGGAGGACAAUAUCAUCUUCAUUAGAAGCGUUUUACAGAUUUUCCCGGCCACGUACUGUCACCGAAACAGCAGUGGUAGCAGCUCUUCUCAUGAACAUUUAUAUUGUUGGACUGAACAAGUUAUUCGACAUUGAGAUAGAUUAGGUAUUUUGAAUUCAC